AUGAACCGGAUCAAGGAACUCUCUGUCUCGUCUCUGGACCAUCUCCCCAGUCUGCAGCUCCUGGACUUAGAUCAUCAACUCACUCCCCUCGUGAUCCGAGACCAGGCCUUCAACAAACAGACCAACCUGACCCGCCUCGUCCUGGGAUCGAACCGGAAACUGCAGCUGGAGCCGAGAGCGUUUGAAGGACUAGUUCUGGACUUGUCCCACAACCACAUCGGCGUGCUGGGAUUCAAGUCCUUCAGCGGACUCCCGCAGCUGCAAACCCUGCUCCUCACGGAUAAUGCCAUUGCACAUUUAGGAAUCCCUGCUUCUCUCCCCAAGAAACUGGACCUGUCGUCAAACGCCUUGACUCACAUAAGAAACGAUACCAUCCCUGCUGACCUGCAAACACUGGAUCUGUCUGACAACUUCAUCGCCGAGCCCCAGUCCCACAUCUUCAGCUCACUCCAGAGCCUCGAUCUGAGUCUGAACCGGUUCCACUGUGGUCCAGGCCUGAGGGACUUGGUGAGCUGGAUGCGACAGACCAAUGUGACUUUGAAAGGUCCCGUAGAAAAGCUGAGAUGUGAGUUUCCAUCUGCUCUGCGUGGCGUUCCUCUGGUCACUGUUUAUGGUGCAGACGACGCGCAGUGA